UCUACAGGGACGAGCUGGAGGAAUGCGUACAAAGUUUUUUAGGGCUGGGCGCUGUGGCGUCGUUUCUCUCACGCAUCGAUUUGUAGGCAGCAGCAGGAAUCGGCGCUUAGAUCUAGGCGCUAGCGAAUGGCGGAUUGAUUGAGAAUCAGGCGUGAUUUCGUCCGGGGAAUGGCGAUCGGGAGGACAAUGCUGGUGCUGGAUUGAUUCAGGCAGUGUUCCAGGGGUAAGCAUCGAGAGGAAUCGCUGGUUUCCCGCGAGAUUUCUGCUGGGAGCGUAUGUUGCAGGCCUCAAUGCUCGCGGCGGAUUUCCUUGACUAGUUAAUUCCCGAUAGAACUUCUCCUCUUCAGGUUGAGAUAGCGAAAAAUCUGGCAAGGGCUGGGUCCCUGUUCGAUCGUCAGUCGCACCACGCAAGGUUCUACACAAUCUCUGAUAGAGCAAAUAAAAGGUCCUUUCGUCUGACAGGAGUACUCUCUAAUGCUUUAGUCACGUACGAAGGACUGCCAUGGGGAGGAAACUGUUUGUGGAGGUUUGUAAUGCUGCGGAUCUCAUGCCCAAGGAUGGACAGGGAUCCGCGAGUGCUUACUGCACGCUGGAGUUCGAUGGACAACGUCGGAAAACCGAUACAAAGGCCAAGGAUUUAAAUCCAGUGUGGAACACCGUCGUCGAGUUUCCGAUACUCGAAGGCAAAAAUCUCGAAAGUGAGGUGCUGGAGUUGUCAGUGCUGUGCGAGAAACGAGGUGCGCAGAGGAAGCCAGGAUUUCUGGGAAAGGUGAAGAUUCCAGGGAGGAGCAUUGUGAAGAAAGGGGAGGAGGCUCUUGUAUACUAUCCUCUGGAGAAGCGAAGCAUGUUCUCGCAAGUCAAGGGAGAGAUUGGUUUGAAAGUUUGGUGGAGCGACGAUCCGGAUCCAUCACCGCCAGCUCCAGCUUCUCCUUCUGCUGCCGCAGCUGCUUCUGGUGGUGGUACUCCUCCAGCGGAAGAAGUUACUGCAAAAGACGCAGCGGUGCCAGAAGUUACAGAAGAAGCUCCUGCUGCGCCUGCUGCUGCUGCUGCUGCUGCCGCUGCCGCGGAACAUCAUCCAGCUCCGUCCGAGCCAGCUGAAGCUCCUGUCGAACAGGUACGAGAAAUUCAGCUCGAAGAGAUGGCGGAGCCGAAGGAAGAGAAGCAUGAAGAGACGGAGGAAAGGAGAGAAGACGCAAGAGAGGAGGUGCCAAUGGAGCGGAAGGAAGAGCAAGAAGAGAUGAGAGAGAUACCGAACGAGAGCAAGGAAGAGAAGCACGAGAAGGAAGAGGAGAAGAGAGAAGAAGCGAGGGACGAGAAGAAAGAAGAAGAAAAGAAGAAGAAAGAGGAGAAGCAUGAAGAGAAGAAUGAGCAGAAGCAUGAACCGAAGCAGUAUGAAGAAAAGAAGAAAGAGGAGAAGAAGGAGAACAAGAAGGAGGACAAGGAGGAGAAGAAACCAGAGGAGACGAGAGAAUAUCGAAGUGUGGGAAGGAGGGAAGAACAGAAAGACGUGAAGGAUCAAAAGAUAAAAGAGAGGAAAGGUGACGCACCGACAAUCGUCAUAAAGAGGCACGACGACGAACACGAACACGAGCUCUCUCGGAAGCUAGUCCGGUCAAGCACUGUGCCAUCGACAGACUUCCAUUUGAAGGAGACUACGCCCGCUCUUGCCAGAGGAAUCGGAGAGAGAGUGGUCACGUAUGAUCUGGUGGAGAAGAUGAACUACUUGUUCGUCAAGGUGGUGAAGGCCCGAGCUCUGAUGGAAUCCGGCAGCGGCUCCUCUUAUGCAAGGAUAGUUUUUGGGAGCCUCACGGCAAAGACGAAGGAGGUUGGCAAGAGCCUGUUCCCGGAGUGGCACGAAAUCUUUGCCUUCAGCAAGGAUAAUUCUGCAGGACCCGUGGUAGAAGUCAGCAUCUGGGACCACGAAACAGAUCAGUUCAUGGGAGCUGUCGGCUUUGACUUGCAAGAAAUUCCUUUCCGAGUUCCUCCAGACAGUCCCUUGGCACCGCAGUGGUACAGGCUCGAAAACAUCAGCAAGAAUGCCGAGAAGAAAGUCCGAGGGGAUGUGAUGCUGGCUAUAUGGUGGGGAACGCAAGCCGACGAAGCUUUCACGGAAGCAUGGCAGUCGGACUCUGGAGGAUACGCACACACUCGAGCGAAAGUUUAUCUCUCUCCAAAGCUUUGGUACCUGAGAGUGAACGUCAUCGAGGCUCAGGAGGUCCAACCGAUGGACAGGACGAGAUUUCCAGAAGUGAGCGUUCGUGCACAGCUGGGGUUCCAGAUCUACAAGACGAAGGUGGCGAGCAACCGUAACACAAGUCCUCAGUGGAACGAGGACUUGCUGUUCGUGGCCUCGGAGCCUUUUGAAGACGAGCUGCUGCUGGUUGUCCAGAACAAAACCGCCAAGCCCAACGAGGAAGAGGUGCUCGGGAUGGUGAAGAUAGCUCUCGCCGGGAUCGAGAAGAGGAUAGACCAUCGCCAGGUGAACUCCAAGUGGUUCGAUCUCGUGAGAUACAACGGAGGUGACAAGCACUUCCACGGCCGGCUUCACUUGCGGCUGUGCUUCGAUGGUGGCUACCAUGUCAUGGACGAAGCCACACACUACAGCAGCUGUGUUCGGCCGACGGCCAAGCAGCUGUGGAGGCCAGUGGUGGGAGUUCUCGAGCUCGGGAUUAUCAGGGGCAAGGACGUCCAUCCAAUGAAAACAGUCGACGGCAGGGGUGCUACCGACGCUUACUGCGUCGCAAAGUAUGGCCAGAAAUGGGUGAGGACGAGAACCAUCGUCGACAACUUAAACCCCCGGUGGAACGAGCAGUACUCCUGGGAAGUCUACGAUCCAUGCACAGUUCUCACGGUCGGGGUGUUCGACAACUGCCAUGUCCAUCCUCACCCGGAAGGAGGCAAAGACUUGAAGGACUUACAGAUUGGCAAAGUUCGUAUCCGGCUGUCGACGCUGGAGAGCGAGAGGAUCUACACCAACAGCCAUCCGCUGCUCAUGCUCCAGCGCUCCGGCGUGAGGAAGCUCGGAGAGAUCGAGCUCGCCGUGCGGUACUCGUCGGUUUCCAUCGUCAGCGUCAUGGGUCUCUACUUCCGGCCGCUGCUGCCAAAGAUGCACUACUUGCAUCCGCUGGGGGUGACGCAGUCGGAGAUCCUUCGCAUCAGCGCGAUGAGGCUCGUCGCCAUCCGGCUCAACCGUUCCGAGCCGCCACUCCGCCAGGAAGUCGUCCAGUUCAUGCUUGACGCCGACUUCCACGUCUGGAGCCUGCGGCGCUCCAAGGUGAACUACUUCCGGAUCAUGAACUUACUGGCGGGUCCGAUGGCCGUGGGGACGUGGUUCCACAACAUCUGCCACUGGAAGAACCCGGUGACAACGCUGCUCGUCCACAUCCUCUUCCUCAUCCUGGUGAUGUUCCCGGAGCUCAUCCUUCCGACGCUCUUCCUCUACCUCUCGCUCAUCGGCGCCUGGAGGUACCGCUACAGGCCUCGGUCGCCUCCAUCCAUGGACGGGAAGUUGUCACAGGCCGAGCAGGUGGAACCCGACGAGCUGGACGAAGAGUUUGAUCCAAUCCCGACGAACAAAGAUCCCAGCGUCGUCAAGGCUCGCUACGAUCGGCUCCGGAUAGUUUCUUCGCGGAUCCAGCACGUCCUGGGAGACAUAGCCACGCAGGGGGAGAGGCUUACCGCGCUGCUAAGCUGGAGAGACCCGCGAGCGAGCGGGAUAAUGGUGGCGGUGUGCAUGACCAUCGCCAUCUUUCUCUACGUGGUUCCACUCCGGGUGAUCGUGGUGAUCGUGGGGCUCUACGUUUUGAGGCAUCCAAAGUUCCGGGAGCGCUUGCCGGGCUGGCCGAUCAAUUUCUUCCGGAGGCUGCCGUCACUGGCAGAUCGUAUACUUUGAUGUACGUUAAUGUACCGCGCGGCUUACCGUGUGGCGUUUAACUUGCAGUGCGGCAUUCUUUAAAAA